GAACGAAGCGACGGACGGUAAGCAAAGGCAGUCGUCAACAAAAGUCUCCGCACUGCAGUCCACAUCCGACAGCACCGCACCGACACAAAUCUCCUCUCACGCAGUCUCACACACCGGCACCACUCUGCCACUCGCUCUCGCGGAGUGAAGGCACGGGAAAGAGGGGAAAGGGGAUCGGAUCGACCGGCGAUGAGGAAGACGGUGGUGGGCUCCGCCUCCACGGGGGGAGGCUGGCCGUGCGGUCUGAACCUCAACGUGGUGUUCCUGCUCUCCAUGGUGGCCACCAACCUGCUCUCCCUCUACCACCUCUCCAUCCGCGCCUCCCCCACCACGCCGGCGCUCCAAUCCGGCUCCGACUUCGACCAGCAGCAGGUCCUCCAGCAGCUCAGCGCCAUCCGCGCCACCGUCUCCCACCUCCGGUCCGCCACCCCUCCCCCGGCCCCCGAGCUCGUCCUCUACUCGCGCCUCGCCCCCGUCGCCUCCGCCUGCUCCGCGCACCCCGACCUCCUCCACCGCUUCAUGUCCUAUGUCCCCUUCGCCGCCUGCCCCGACGACGUCCACACCCUCGCCGAGCCUCUCAUCCUCCGCGGCUGCCACCCGCUCCCCAGGCGCCGCUGCUUCUCCCCGACGCCCGAUGCCGGAUCCGUCCAGCUCCCCACAGACCCCUUCGCGCCGCUCCCCGACUCCGCCGUGCGCUGGCCGACGGACGCCAAGAAAUGCAGGUCCUUCUCUUGUCUGCCGGCGUCGCUCGGGUUCGACGUGGCGCGGACGGAGGCCGGCAAGUUCCUCCGGUCGCUGGGGCCUCUGGACCUGACGGUGCCGCAGCUGCUGCGUCUGGCGUCGAUGAGCCGCGCGGGGCCCAUCCGGCUGGGGCUGGACGUGGGCGGCGGCACUGGGACGCUGGCGGCGCGGCUGAAGCGGGCGGCGAACGCCACGGUGCUGACGACGACCAUGGACCUGGGCGCGCCCUACUCGGAGGCCGCGGCGGCCCGCGGGGUGGUGCCGCUGCACGCGCCGCUGCAGCAGCGGUUCCCCGUGGGGGACGGGACGAUGGACCUGGUGCGAGCGGGGCACGCGGUGAACCGGUGGAUCCCGGAGCCGGCACUGGAGUUCCUGUGGUACGACGCGGACCGGGUGCUGCGCCCGGGCGGGCUGCUCUGGGUGGAUCACCUCUGGUGCCGGAAGGGCGACCUCGACGGCGUGUACGCAGCCAUGCUGCGGAGGCUGGGCUACAAGACCAUCAAGUGGGCCGUCGCCGACAAAACCGGCAUUGGCGCCAAGGACGAGCUCGUCUACCUCACCGCGCUGCUGCAGAAGCCAUUCUAGCCAGGCUGCAGAUGUGGACACAUGCUUAUCUGAUAUCUGCAAGUGUUGGGAGCUUUUGUGAUUCAUCCAUGGUCGCACGUUCACGUUCCUUCCCGCUCAAGUGCCAUAUGCUGUCGAUGUGCAAGCAACGAUUUGCAAAAUGCAGUGAUGUGCAGGAAGGUUGGAAACAGUUACCAUUCAUUUUUAAGAGAUCUUUCAACGA